AUGUCUAGUAACAUAACAGACCUUGUUAAACGUCCUGGCUUAGGUCGUAUUGGUCGUCCUAUAAGAAUUAGAGCAAACUUUUUCAAAAUAACCUCUCUAACCAACACGAAUAUCCAUCAUUAUGACCUUAUGAUUACCCCACAAGUUCCUCCGACUCUAAACAGGAGAGUUUUUUCCCAAUUUGAAGCCCUACAUGCUGGUGAUGUAAAACUUGUUUUCGAUGGCCGUAAGAAUAUUUUUACCUCUAGACCGUUACCUUUUGGCGAUAAUUCCACUUUCAAUAUAAGUCUUCAAAACAAUAGUCGACAAUAUACUUUUGAGCUCAUCAUUAAGAAGGUCGCUGUAAUUGAUAUGAAUGAACUUCAUAGAUUCAUUUAUGGAAAUUGGAGAUCAUCAGCAAACAUUUUAACAGGAAUUAUGGCCCUUAAUGUAUUAAUUCGUCAAAAACCAUCCUUGACGUGUAAAGCAGUUGGUAGAUCAUUAUAUACAAACCAAAUCUCACAAGCUUGUUUUGGUGGUUUAGAAGUUUGGCAAGGAUUUCGUCAAUCCGUCAAGCCUACACCUGGAAGAAUGAUGAUAAAUGUUGAUGUAAGCGCUACUGCUUUUUAUGAAAGUUGCAAUUUAGUACAUAUGGUUGUAAAGAUACUUGAACUACGUAAUAUUGAUGAUUUAAGAAGAGGAAUUAUGGAUAGAGAUCGGUUAAAACUUGAAAGGGUUUUAAAGAAUUUAAAGAUUCGUAUUACUUAUCGUGAAGAUUAUUCCGAACGCUCGUUUAAGAUUAUUAAAUUAACUAAUACCCCGAUGUCAAAUAUUACAUUUGAUUUUGAUAGUGUUAGAACAGAUAUUGCUACUUACUUUCAAAAUACAUACAACAUAUCUCUACAAUACUCAUUCCUUCCUUGCGUUAUCAUUCGAAAGGAUGUAAAUUUACCAUUGGAAAUAUGUAAAGUAGUUGAGGGACAACCUUAUAUUCGAAGAUUGAACGAAAGGCAGACAGCAGAUAUGAUAAAGUUUUCUUGUCAACCACCUCAUAUCCGUGCAAACAAAAUUAGACAAGCUGUAGUUCCAGCCAGGAUAUUACCUGCUUUAACAAUACGAUUUCAUCCUUCUUCUCGUACCGCUGCCUUUAAUUUACGUGAUAAUAAAGUUGCUAAUGGUAUCACACUUGGUUCAUGGUCAUGCGUUGUUUUCGAAAAUUUCGCAAUGCAAGCCAUACAACAUUUUAUCAGAGAAUUGAUUAACACAUGUCAAAAUACUGGAAUGAAAGUCCUUAAUAAGAAUCCACCAAUUAUACAAGGUAAUCCUCAAGGUAAUAUUGAACAGAUCUUGAAACAAGCCUGGAUUAAAGCUGGCAAUAUGGCCAGAUCAUUACCUCAGUUAAUUUUCUGCAUUCUUCCUAAUACCGGUGUACUAAUGUAUGCUGAAAUUAAACGUGUGGGUGAUACAGUAAUUGGUGUUGCUACUCAAUGCGUUCAAUCUAAACAUAUUUUUCAAGCAAAAAGACAAUAUUACGCUAAUUUAUGUCUUAAAAUGAACGUUAAACUUAGUGGUAUGAAUUCAUUCAUUGAACCAAGUCAAAUGCAAUUUGUUUCAAAACGCCUAACUAUCAUAAUGGGUGCACAUUUUACUUCAGGUGGUAAUGAAACAUGCCUACGCAUUGCUGCUCUAUGCGCUUCAAUAGAUGCAAAAGUAUAUCGCUAUGCUACUAUUACUCACGUUCAAGCAGAUCGUCUAGAAAUCAUCACUGACUUGGCAGCCGCAUGUAAUGCACUUGAUGUAAGUUAUAAACCAACUAUAACCUUUGUGGUUAUACAGAAAGGUCAUCAUACUCACUUUUUCCCUGUGAAUAAGAAAGAUUCAGAUAAUACAGGAAACUGUCCGGUUGGUACGGUAGUUGAAUCAACAAUAACGCAUUUGUUCGAAUUCGACUUUUAUCUUCAGAGCCACGCUGUAAUACAAGGAACUUUGCGUCUAACACAUUAUUACGUAUUAUAUGAUGAAAACCGAUUCAAUGCUGAUUCACUUUAA